AUGUACGAAGCUCAAGCUGAAAAUGCAGUUCCUGCCAAUCCUGCCCCUCCGAUCAUACAGAGUUCAGUUCCACUUCCCCACAAGCUAGAUGUCAAGGGAAACCUUUCCCAGAAUUGGAAACGUUGGAAACAAGUAUGGAACUCUUAUGAGAUCGUCACAAAUCUCAGAGUGCAAAGUGAUGAAUACAGAACUGCGACAUUCGUCACUUGUGUCGGCCCAGAGGCCCUAGAGAUUUAUAAUUCCCUACCAUUCGAGGAAGAGGAGGACAAACAGGAUAUAACUAAAAUCAUUGAUUUAAUGGAAAAUCAUUGUCUCGGUGUAACAAACACGAUCUAUGAACGGUACAUAUUCAACAACCGUGACCAAAAGUCUGGUGAAACGAUAGAUGAAUAUUGUACACAACUAAAGUCCCUCGCGCAAACUUGUGAAUUUCUAAAUCUCAAGGAUGAACUGAUCCGAGACAGAAUUGUCUGUGGCAUCUCGGAUGAUGGUGUCCGCAAGAAGCUCCUACAACAGAGCAAGCUGACAUUAAAGUUGUGCAUUGACAUUUGCCGUGCAGCUGAGACCACUACCGCUCAAGUCAAGGCGAUGAAAUCUAGUACAAGUGACUCUGUGCUUAAAUUCUCAAGCAGAAAAUCCUCUAAAGGUUCUUCAAGAGGUCAACAUAAUCGUGGAAGAGGUGGAAGCUCCAAACAUGACUCUAAAACUCAAAUGACUCUGAAAUUUGACUGUAGAUAUUGUGGCUAUAAACAUGAUAAAGACAGGAACAAGUGUCCUGCACUUAACGAAACAUGUAACCUUUGCAAUCGCGUUGGGCAUUUCAGCCGCAAAUGCCACUCUAGAAGCGCAAAAGAAAAGUCGCGAAACAAGCAUGUUCAUGCCCUCGAUGAUGAAACUACCGACGAAACUGAAACUGACACGGAUGGGGACAUCUUAUCUAUCAAUAACUCAAACAAGGGUUACAAGCGCAAAAUAUUCGCGAACAUGUGUCUCGGUGAGAAGGGCGACUCAGAUAAAAUUGUGCCGAUAGGCAAGUCGGUUCUCAAACUCACAAAUCCGAAAACUCUAAAGAAGCAUCGCACUGAAUUCGUGAUUGUUGGUGGAAAAGCUCAACCAAUCAUAGGUGCUCGCACAGCACAGCGCAUGAAGUUAAUAGAGUAUGUGCGCAAAGUACCAAUAGCACUCAAAAAACCGCUCCAGAAGGAACUAGACAAACUUGAAAGCCUCAACAUCAUCAAAAAGGUGGACUCUCCCACAGAUUGGGUCUCCAGUCUAGUUGCCGUCAAGAAACCAAAUGGAACCUUAAGAAUCUGCAUUGACCCCAAACCACUAAACUGUGCACUAAAACGGAGCCACUAUCCAUUACCUGUGGUGGACGACUUACUGCCCGAGCUCGCCAAUGUGAAGGUAUAUUCCGUCUUGGACGUCAAAAAUGGGUACUGGCACGUAGAACUUGACGAACCAUCCUCGCUUCUAACUACAUUUGGGACCCCCUUUGGGCGCUUUAGGUGGUUGCGACUCCCAUUCGGAGUGAAACCCGCGUCUGAGAUCUUUCAGCGCCACCUCGACCAGGUCAUAAAUGGCGCAAAAGGUGUUGAACUGAUAGCUGAUGACAUGCUCAUAACUGGAGAGGGAGACACUAUAGAAGAUGCUAUCAAGGAUCACGAUCAAAACAUCAUUUCUCUACUCGAACGCUGCAGAGAGAACAACACAAAACUUAACUGGGACAAGCUCAAGUUCAAACUUUCAGAAGUUGAUUUUAGUGGACACUUGUUCACAACGAACGGACUCAAAGCUGACCCUAAGAAGGUCGAAGCCAUCGCUAACAUGCCAAAACCCACAGAUGUUGCUGGAGUACAGCGUCUCAUUGGCAUGAUAAACUACCUGUCCCGAUUUCUCAAAGGCUUAUCAGACGCCUGCGAACCGCUCCGAGAACUAACCAAGAAAGAUGGCAAAAUGGGAAAAGGCGAAAAAAGACAAGGCGAAAUGGGCAUGAACCAGAAAGAUGCCGAAUGGUUAUGGACUGCAAACCACGACGCUGCCUUCGAAAAGUUAAAACACUUGACAACAACAGCUCCAGUGCUCAGAUACUUUGAUGUCCAUGAAGACACCACCAUACAAUGUGAUGCGUCCGACACUGGCUUGGGUGCAGCCAUAAUGCAAAAGGAACAACCUGUUGCCUACGCUAGCAGGGCUCUCACGUCGGCCGAGCGCAAUUACGCUCAAAUAGAAAAGGAGUUACUGGCCAUUGUUUAUGCGACAAAGAAGUUCCAUCAAUACACGUAUGGCCGAAAGGUGAUAGUUGAAUCAGACCAUCGCCCAUUAGAAUCCAUCCAGAGAAAACCCCUUUUGUCAGCGCCAAAGCGAUUACAACGAAUGCUUCUCAGCCUUCAAGCGUACGACAUCGAAAUCAAGUACAAGAAAGGAAACGAAAUGUUUCUAGCAGACACACUAAGCAGAGCCUAUCUCCAGAGUGAAGACCACCAUGACACCCGUCAGAAUGUUGUUCUACAGUUCCAAUCAAUUCGAAUGACAGACUACACACCAAUCUCAAGUACAACACUCAGAGAAAUUCAACAUGCCACACAGGAUGAUGAAGAUCUCCAGGAACUCAAGUCUGUCAUCCUGCAAGGGUGGCCAAUCAACAAACGAGACUUGUCAACUGCGUGCACGCCCUACUUCAACAUCAGAGAUGAGUUGUCUGUGGAGAACAACAUAAUAUUUCGAGGACAACAGCAAUGCCUAGUUCCAAGAUCUAUGCGACGUAAAAUCCUACAACGCCUGCAUCAAUCACAUGAUGGCAUAGAAGCCUGCCGAAGAAGAGCUAGAGACUGUGUAUACUGGCCUGACAUCAAUGCUGAGAUAGCCGCUUUGAUCGAACAAUGUGAUACUUGCCAGACCUUCAUGAGAAAGCAACAAAAGGAAACACUACAACCACACCUGAUACCUGACCUGCCUUGGACAAAAGUUGGUUCAGAUCUGUUUUCCAUCAAUCAGGAGGACUACCUUGUUUGUGUAGACUACUACAGUGAUUUUUUCGAACUAGACAAGCUACAAACCAAAACAGCCAGUGAAGUGAUUGAAAAGAUGAAAAGCCACUUUGCACGCCAUGGAAUCCCUACAGAAGUAGUUUCUGAUAAUAUUCCAUACAAUGCCAAAGACUUCGCCACUUUUGCCAAAACAUAUGGAUUCAAACACACCACCAUAUCCCCUGGACAUUCACAAUCAAAUGGCAAAUUAAAGCCAAAGACUCUGGAAGACGUCAACAGCAAAAAGAAGAAGAAAAUCGCAAAGCAAGUCCGAAUCUAUGAUGCAAAAGCAAAGGACCUCCCAGAAUUGAAAAUUGGUAACAACGUCCGCGUACGAUCCAUCCGACCAUAUCAAAAGGAAUGGCAGAAAGGACAAAUAGACAAGCGCAAUGAUAGAUCGUAUGAACUUCUUAUGGAUGAUGGCACUAAGAUUCGCAGGAAUAGAAGAUUCAUUCGCGCAACCUCCGAACCGUUCACUACUAGUAUCAGACCUGAUCAAGACACCGAACCGCCACUUGUGUUCGAUGAUCAUCACAACACAUCAGCCCCUCCAAGCUCAGUGGACAAACCCCCACGCGAGAAUCACUCUCCAUCAGAUGACGCUCCCAUGGAACAUCCGCAGCUCCGCACAACUCGUUCUGGACGCACUAUUCAACAUUCAACCCGAUGCAAGACAGAGGGAAAAGUAGCAGCCCCUACUUCAAAACGUGCCUCAGCUGCCCCUGCAGUUGCCCUAAAUUUAUCAAUACACCAGGAUCAACAAGUUGAGCAGAUGCCGCGACAACCUGACUCUCAGAUUCCACAGGAUUUAAUUGAAGCCAUGACCAACCCUGAAGUGUGGGGAUUCGUUCAAGCUGAUCUAAAUGACCAGCCUGAGCUCCUCAACCGCUUGGUUCGCUACCAUGAGGAAAACCAGAGAAUGGUGAACAAUCAGCCCCACCAACCUAUUCCUACUAAUCUGCCACAUUUGCCUGAAUCAGAAUGUCUUGAUAGUCGCACACAGAAAUGUGCAAGAUAUCCUGGCUGGGCCUGGGGAAAGGAACAAUAG